AUGGAGGAGCUGAGCGCCGUCGGCGAGCAGGUUUUCGACGCCGAAUGCGUCCUCAACAAAAGACUCCGAAAGGGAAAGUUGGAGUUUCUGAUCAAGUGGAGAGGGUGGUCGUCCAAACACAACAGCUGGGAACCCCAAGAGAACAUUCUUGAUCCCAGACUUCUGGCAGCCUUCAACAAAAAGGAACAAGAGAAGGAGCUUCUGAUCCGGAAACGUGGGAAAAGGCCGAGAGGGCGACCGCGGAAAAUUCCCGAAAAUGUGCCAGAGACCACAAAGUCCAACAGCUCUUCCUCUGGAUCCUCAUCUACGUCCUCUGAUUCCUCAUCUUCAUGUUCCUCAUCUUCCUCGUCCUCCUCGGAAGACGACGACGUCGAGCAGCAGGCGAGCCCUAGAGUCCGAACGAGAGACCUCCACCCCCACCCUGUCCCCCAGAAGAAAGCGCAGAUUGUGGUGGCCAAGCAGGAACCCCCCAAAAAGCCCCCCAAAAAACGAGGACGCAAAUCUCUGAGCCAAGGCCUUCGGAAAACCCUCACGAAGGAUUCCGAGCUUCCCGGUUCCAUUAAGAAGCCGGUUCACCUGGCCAGCUUUGCCUUCAUGGGUUUUCAUCGCGGUUCGAGCAGGGAUGCGGCAGGUGGUCCCAACCGCAGUUCCGCCGCCCACGGAGGAACUUCCAGAAACUCCUUGAGCUCAGUGGGAUCGGGCAGAUCAAUCCCGCCUUCUCCCGUUAAACUGAUGAAAUUCAGCUCAGGCAGGAAUAUCGCUGAGGGGAAACUGUCCAUCUCCAGUCUGGAUUCGUGCAAAACAAGAGGGGUGGCGGCUUUGAACUUGAAUGCAUCCAAACACGUCCAAGGAUCCCCCCAGCGGACCACAAACUCCCCCAGUAUACAAAAGGCUCACGUGCUACAGAGAAUAACCAAUGCUAAAGCCAUGGCGGCCCAAGCAGCAAAGAACGUCGCGACUAAUCAACCUCUCAACCUUCACAACAAAGUAACUCAGGGCAACAAAUCGCCUGGUCCCAGCCCUGGUUCAGCUUUGAGAAAAGCAGCACCACCUGCGCUGAAAACUAACCAAAACCAGGAGUACAAACCCCCCCAGAGUCCCGCUCCCCCGGGAGGCACCCGAAUAUCUGCCCCAGUCAAAGACCUGACAGAGAUCCAGACCUACAGAGGGAAGCUGGACAAAAGCGAGGCCCAUAAAACCGAGAACCACCUGGAAAGAGCGGCCUCCAAAGACGGCAAGAUGAGCACGGGCGAGGACGAGAGUAGCUCUGACUCUGACCAGGACUCGUCAGAUGCCGGCCAGGAGCGCGUGGCGGUGGUCCAUAACCAAGACUGGAAGCCCACCCGCAGUCUGAUAGAACACGUGUUUGUCACGGACGUCACUGCCAACCUAGUCACCGUCACGGUAAAGGAGUCGCCCACCAGCGUGGGAUUCUUCAGCAUCCGCAACUACUGACUGGACCUCAAACACUUCACCUGACCAUCGCAUCGGGAUACUUCAUGAUUGUAAUUUAUUUGCUUACCUUAUUUGAUGCCACGAUACUUUUAAGUGCGUUUUAAUCCGAAUCCAUGGGAGUCCGAUCAAACAUCUAAGGACCAAGGGUAUAGAAAGCCCACCAGGACAACUCUUGCUGCAUUGGAGACAACCGGGAAGCCGGAAAUAUUUAACACGGAGUUCACAGGGUGCAACCUCAAAGUGUUCCAGUCAAAUGUAAACAACAAAAAGCAUUGUUGGAUUUGACCGUCGACUGUUGACGAAAAAGUGUGAUACCGUGAUACUUCAAUUAUGUUUUAAUCUGAAGUCACGGUAGUCCAGAAAAAAAAUCUAAGUUAUUGAAAGCCCACCAGUGCAACCACCCAAAGUCAGUGGGUGAAUCUCUUGCUGCACGCAAGUCGUAAAUAUCUCACUUGGAGCUUACAGGGUCCAACAUCAAAAGGUUUCAGUCAAACAAAUUUCAAAAAUCUCUUGGUUCCUUCAAGACCACAGUGAAGUCUGAAAAAUCUCACUCGGAGCUUACAGGGUCCAAUGUCCAAACAUUUCGGUCAAACGUAAACCAAAAAAAAAAAAAAAGUUCUCACAAUCGUAGCUGACCUGAUGACAAAACUGACAUCAGGUCAGAAAUCAUUUUGGAAAUGGACUAUAUUGCCAAAAGUAUUCGCUCACCUGCCUUGACUCACAUAUGAUUUUAUAUGCUAUCCCAUUCUAAAGCAAUAUGGUUUAAUAUGAUGUCGGUCUACCCUUUCCAGCUAUAACAGCUUCAACUCUUGUGGGGAGGCUUUCAACAAGGUUUAGGAGUGAGUUUAUAGACAUCUUUGCCCAUUCUUCCAGGAGUAUAUUCGUGAGGUCGCACACAGAUCCACUCAAAAUCAACCCAAAGGUGUUCUAUCAGGUUGAGGACACGACUCUGUCCAGGACAGUCAAGUUCAUCCGUACCAAAUUCUCUCAUCCAUGUCUUUAUGGACCUUGCUUUGUACACGAGUGCACAGCAAUGGUGGAAAAAGGGAGGCGUAAUCUCCAAACAGCUUGGCUGUGCAAAAUCUCUAGGUUUGCUGAAGCAUUCAGAGUUCCUUUCACUGAAGCUCAGGGGCUAAUAUUUAGGACAUUUUCCAUUUGUGGGAACAGUUUGGAGAUGGCCCCUUCUCCUGUUCCAACAUGACUGUGCAUCAGUGCACAAAUCAAGGUUCAUAAGGACAUGGAUGGGAGAGUUUGAUGUGGAUGAACUUGACUGGCCUGCUCAAUCCUGAUCUCAACCCUAUAGAACACUUUUGGAUGAAAAAGGUCAUAAAUUCCCAUAAACACACUGCUAAACCUUGUAAAAAGCCUUUCCAGAAGAGUUUAAGAUAUUAUAACUGCAGAGGGUAGACAGUUGUCGUAUUAAAACCCUGUGGAUGAAGAAUGGGACGUCAAAUUCAUAAAUAAGUCAAGGCGUGUGAGCGAAUACGUUUGGACAUAUAGUAUACAUUUGACAAAUCAUCAGAGGGUAUAGCACGAUACAGGGGCUUCUCAGUUUACGAUGGUCCUGACAUACGUUUUGAGAUGAGAAACGUGGCGCAAUGAGCUAGUUUGCUCAGGGACAUAAGAAUAUGUGGUCGCUCAUAACAAGAACACACGUUUAGCUACUGGCAUACUUAGGUUUUUCAUUUGAUAGUUUUGUAUUUAUGGUCUAAAGGGGUUUUCCGCGAUUGAGAUGACAUGAUUGCUGUAGGAACGAAACUCCUUCAUAAACCCGAGGACAAUCUAAAUAUCUUCGAAAAGUUAGAACCAAUAUGUAGUUUAGUGGAUCUUGGGGGGGAAAUGUGGAAAAGGGGAUACACUGUGAAUACUUUCCAGGUGAAAUGUCGAGUGUUUUCGUGAAUUUGUCCCGAUUUUGCCAGCACGAACCUCUUCCAGCCAUGCACUUUUCCGUGUUGGAAAUUUCCGACUGCCCAACUUUCUGGAAUGCAGCAUUUGCGGCGUAUUCAUGCGCUCUACCAAGUAAGUCGACGUUCCUGAGCGACUGCAGCACUGCGUUUUUAGUUGACGUCAGUCAAUAGUUGACCAUGGCCUCGUCGUGGAACUAUUUAGUAGUACGCCAUCUAAAGUGUAUUUUUUAUAGUAGCUACCUCUGUUUUAUACAAUGACUUUUUGCUGCAUAUAUUAUCUUCGAUCCAGAGUGAACUACCCUUCAAGUCUUACUGCUGAGUCACCAAUAGUUACAAAAUUUUAGGAAUCUUUGAAUUUGGAAAGGUUUCACGUGAAUUAAUUGAAAUGUAGGGUAAUUAAUCCCAUAAGUGUUUUGGUUUUUUUUUCCCCUUUGAUUCCGCCGUGUUGUCAGUUGAACAGGACAAGGUGAAGCAUGCUGAGACGGAGCAUCUAUCCUUCCUCAGAUAACACUUUUCUACUCCCUCAGUGAGAUAUUCACCCAGAAUUCUAUUAGCAAAGUCCCGGGGGAGCGAGCCAGGAGACAAUAAAGCACCAG